AUUUCAUUUAGCAUGGUUACAGAAUAUGUCUGUUGGCUGGCUGCUGGUGAUCAUCUACCGCUGGGUAAACUUCUACCGCUGGGUAAACUUCUACCGCUGGGUAGACUACUACCGCUGGGUAAACUUCUACCGCUGGGUAAACUUCUACCGCUGGGUAAACUUCUACCGCUGGGUAAACUUCUACCGCUGGGUAAACUUCUACCGCUGGGUAGACUACUACCGCUGGGUAAACAACUUUUUGUAUCUCUAACCCUAACCCUAAAUACUAUUGCUUGGUAAACAACUAAUGCUGGAAAAAAUACUAACACUAGUUAAACUACUGUUGCUAGGUAAACCACUAUUGCUAGGUUAAUAAUUAUCGCCAGGGGAACUUCUACAACAACCUUUGUUUUGAAGCAUCAUUAACCUACCAGGUUAGUCAUUUACAGAUUUUAAAUGUCAGCCCUGUUUGUUAGUAUUUUCAGGAUAGAUUGUUAGAAGGGAGUCAUUAAGUGGUGUGAGUCUUUUUCUGCUCAGCACGCUCAACAACUUACCAAUCUCAGCAUUGCUGGGACACAGUCAGCACCAUAGUUACCAGUCAACAGAGGCACACUAUUCAAACAAACAAUAAAGCUCCCGUUCUUCUGAUUCGUGGCUUGAAAUAAGGAAGUGAACCAGCAGGCACUGUGAUAGGUCAAGCAGCUUGUCAAUCAUUGGUCACAACGCAGGAGCCUCUCAUAGAACAAGUUAUGCUGGAGUACUGCAAAGCCACAGGUGCAGUCCACUGCAGAGAUUGGCCCUCUGAUCCAAGCUGUUGGUCAACCAAAUAGAUGAGUUGAUAACUACUAAGGUAAAUAAAACUAAGUAAAAGAUAGAUGAAUCUGCAGUAAUAUUUAUUCUGGACCUUGAGAGGAGACCAUAGUGCUGAGGAGACCAGAGUGGUGGAGCUGUUAGAGUCAUGGUGAGUGGGAAGAGGCUGGCCCGGGGGUCCCUGCUGCCCUCCUUGUUGGAGGACGGUGAUGAGGAGACAGAGUGGGAGAGAGAAGAGCUAGGAGGAGUGGGUGAAAGGCCCCCCAGCAGGGCUCCGAAGCUCCUCAGCAGAGACGGUGUGGACGACCAGUCUCUCUCUGGGCAGCAGACCGUGGCCUGGGCAGCGUGUGACUUGCGUGGGCCAGCAGGUCCUCCAGGGGAGGUGCGAGACUGCAGUGAGGAGGAGGAGGAGGAGGAGGAGGACUAUGACACUGACUUAGAGCUGGAAGUCACAAGAGGAUCAUACGACCGAACCGGGCAGGUGUGUUACGUGGAGGCUUGUAAGCUGUUUCAGGUGGUGCCCGCCUCCUACGUCCUGCAGAACAUGCAGAGCAGCGAGCUGUCUCUGGCUCACCGUGGCCUAGGGCCCCAGGGUACGAAAGCGCUGGCGGUUCCCUUGGUAACCAACACUUCCAUCCAGAAGCUGAACAUGCGAGAUAAUUGGAUGGAGGGGAUGGGCGGAGCCGCCGUGGCAGAGAUGUUAAAAGAAAAUUGUUAUAUUACAGAGGUGGACCUGUCAGACAACCGGCUGGAGGAGCGUGGCGGGCGUGCGGUGGGCGGCAUGCUCCAGGAGAACACCACCUUGGUGCGCCUGGGUCUGUCAGGGAACCUCCUGGGCCAGUGGGGGGCCCAGCACCUGUGCCGAGCUCUCACCACCAACACCAAGCUGCAGGACCUGGACCUCAGCCACAAUGGCCUGGGGGAACACUCAGGGGAGAGCUUAGGGAAGUGUCUGUCUGAGAACACCGGCUUGCGAUGGCUCGGUCUGGCGUGGAACUCCAUAAGAGGGAGAGGAGGAGUGAUGCUGGCCAGGGGCCUCGGGGCAAACAUAUUUCUCAGAGCAUUAGAUUUGUCUUUCAAUGGCUUGGGGAAGGAAGGAGCCAUUGCUCUGGGAGAGGCACUCAAAGAGAACAACACUCUGGAAGAAUUGAACAUAAGCAACAACCGUGUACCUCUUGAAGGAGCGAUCCAUCUUGCUCUGGGCCUCCGAGUCAACAAAACGCUGAAAUCUCUCAAUAUGGGACGGAACCCCAUUCAGAAUGCUGGUUGCUAUGGAUUCAUGAAGUCUUUACAGGGAAACCCACAAUCCGGAUUAGAGACCUUGGAUUUUGCUGACAUGACUGUUAACCAGGAUUUUGAAGAUUUGUAUACAAUAGUUAAAGAGACCAUCCCUAUGCUUGUUGUUAAACAUGGAGGCAAAAUAGACACAUUCAGAACAAAGAAAGCUGGAAAACCCUAAUGUUACAGUCAAACUAUAGGGUUAAACAAAAUGUAGUCUACAUUUCAUUGUCCUUGGUGGUACAAAAUAGGCUUAUUGUAACAUUGCUGUAGUUUUAACAUAAUGAAAAAUACAAUAAAUGAAUUGGUACUGCACUUGAUGUUGUCUUACUCCAGUUUGCAUAUUGUCAA